GUCACUUCCUCCUCCAGUUUCGUUAGUUAGUCUAGCAGACAAGAUAGCUAGCUGCUAAUAUUAUCACUUAAUGAAAGUACAUUUCUAAUUUUUGGAGAUCUUAUCUAAAAUGAAUACGAUACGUUUAAAGUCUGGCUGAACUAUUGCAAUAACAUAAUCUUGUAUUGCGUUAGAGACCUCUACAAGUCUUUUUUUCUUAGCCACCUGCUAGCAAGCGUUGGCUAACUGUAUUCAUUUUACACCAUGGCAAGUGCAGCAAAUGCAAAUCUAAACGCAGUCCGGGAGACAAUGGACGUGCUGUUGGAGAUCUCCAGGUUGCUGAACACUGGUUUGGACAUGGAGUCUCUGUCCAUUUGUGUGAGACUGUGUGAGCAGGGAAUCAACCCAGAAGCUUUGUCUGCAGUCAUCAAAGAACUACGUAAAGCUUCUGAAUCCCUCAAGGUACAGGUUUCUGAAAACUGCACCAACUGAAGUUGCAGCCUGAUCACCUCAGUUUGGGAACUUUGAUGAGAUCAUGCCCCAUUGCUGGAUCCAGCCAAUCAGAUUUGUCUGUGUGUUGGCACUCUGUCCUCUGUGACUAACUGCUCCUGUUUUGUGCUUUGACUUGUCUGAGUUUUUGUGUAGAGGUAUCAGCCUCAGUCCUCUUCCAAAACACAAGUCUUCUCCCGACAUAAGGGCAUGCUCAGCCAUUCUGCCUCAAAUUUAGGCUUGCUCCAAGUUUCUUCUUCUGCCAUUUGUAAAGUGUAGGUUGAGAGUGGUAUUAGCAUUGACAUCCUGCCUUAAUUACAGAGCCUACUUCUAUUCUCUAAUUUCUGAUAGUCAACUUGUGUUGCACUUUUCAUGAGGAAAUGUUUUUUUAUGAUGUUUUGAAAUAUCUAUAAUUUGUCAAGAAUUGUUUUUAAUUUUGUGUCUUAGUCCUUUUCCAUUUCCGUUGUCCAUGUAACCAUCAAUGAUGGAACAAAGUCUAAAUUAAAAUGUUACAGUCAAUAGCCA